UCUUCCCUCGGGGAGGAGAUGGCAGAGCCGUCAGGGUCUCCGCGGCGCUCCCUGUACAAAGUGAUGGGCUCGCCUCCAUGGAAAGAGGCGUUCAGGCAGGGAUGCCUGGAGAGAAUGAGAAACAGCCGGGAUAGGCUCCUGAACAAAUACCGCCAGGCCGGAGGCAAUAUACCAGAGAGAGCUCAGAGCACCCUUCUAGUACAAGAGUUGAUGAAAGAAGAGUGGAAUGCUUUGCAGUCAAUGGAAAGCUGUCCAGAGGCCUUGGCUCAGUGGGAGGAGCCGAUGGACUUAGCUGAGCUGGAGGACAUCCAACAGGAGCUGAUUGAGCAAGAACAGUCCAUCAUCAGUGAAUAUGAGAAGAGCUUGCAGUUUGAUGAAAAGUGUCUCAGCGUCAUGCUGGCUGAGUGGGAAGCCAACUCCCUCAUCUGUCCUGUGUGUACAAAGUACAACCUGAGAAUAACAAGCGGUGUGGUCAUGUGUCAGUGUGGCCUGUACAUCUCAUCUCAUUCUCCAGAACUGACAGAGCAGAAACUCCGGGCCUGUUUAGAGGUCUGCAUGAAUGAGCACAACGCACACUGUCCUCACACACCUGAAUUUUCAAUCACUGAAGGGACAGAAGAAAAGUCCAGUCUUCUCCUGAGCUGUGUGGCUUGCGACGCUCGGGCUGUGAUCAUCUGAAGCCCACCUUCACUCACAGCACUCUCCUGGCUGGACACAGCUCACUCCAUCUGAGAAGGGCCCUGUAAAUACAAACCUUUCAUUUGUAACUUAUUUUGUAUUAAAACUU